GCGCUGUUCGAAUGAUUAUUCUUAGAGAAGCGGCGAAUUAAUGGCUGUGUCGUCGACGGCGACAAAGGCUGGUAGGGAGGAAACGCCACCGCCAUCAUUACCUGCCGGUGACUUCCACUAUCAAGUAGUAAGUAUUUGGUUCAUAUUCUUAUCCGAAGAGGCGUCCAUCAAAUGCGCACCAGGAUCGGAAUUGGAAGACGAUGAGGAAGAAGGAGAAGGCAGAGAACUCGAUUCGAUUGAGGGGGGAGAAUCAUUAUGCGAUAUUCUAGACUUAACAAUGGCUUAUAUCUCCCCCGCCCGAUAUCGAGAGCUGGUGCCUCUGACAUGGGACCGAGAAAACGCAAUUUACGGAGAGACACGACAGAGAAGAGCACAAAAAUGAACACAGACACGCGCCAGCCCAACUAGCAAAUCAAACUAGCGCGAAGAAGCGCUAUGCAAUCGAUUUACGCAAGGAAAGUCCCGUAAAAUACCGCAGCGAAUGAAUCCACGUGUGCAUCCAAUGCGCCAUCUCGCGGAGGUCAUUUUCUUCCUAAGUUAUUGCUUGUGGCAUUGCAAGCGUUAGUUAUGGCGCUCGAGUUAGUUCUUUUUUCCGGCUUUCCUUUCUUUCACUCUCUCUAGUGUCAUGGCGUUCUGCGUGCGGAUCUUUUGUAAGCCUCAGCGAUUAUAAGUUAAUGCUCGGUAAGAUUAAUAAUCACCCUAUGUUCACUGCGAGAUCGAUUACUGUUCAUGUCAUUAGGUA